GCGCCGCUCUCUGUGACAGCCUGACGUCGUAACCGUGCGCCUGGUGUUUACAGAGAGCUAUCAAAAACCCAGCAGGUAUCAAAUACCAUCUGUUCUAGCCUCAAACACAGGAGAGUUAUUUUAAACUACAGCAUAACUGCAUGUCCUGGACAAGGACAACGUAACGAAGACGACUACUGUAGUUAAAUGUGCAGUGUUUGGGCGUCGGUUUAGUAAAUUUUGUGGAUGAAUGCUGGUGUGAUUAGAAGAUGUGAACACCACAAAGUUGUUAGAGGUGACAAUCACCUGGAAAACUGCUCAUUUUCAAAGCCGCAUGACAGUUUGAAAGCAGUAUCUUAUUGUAAUGGACGAAGAGGAAGAUCUGGAAACACUUGGUGAGCAGCUGUACACUCGGAUUUACCCCAAACACAAAGACACUGCUGGGAAACUCACAGGUAUGUUGCUGGAGCUGCCAGGUCCUGUCCUGAGUCAGAUGCUGCAGGACGAGGCCAUGCUGACUGCAGCUGUGGAGAAAGCCCUCAGAGCCCUGCAGCUGGAACAGGAGCCCAGCAGGGUGACGUGUAAGGAUGAGGAUGAUGUGUCUGUGUCCUCUGACUCUCUCGGGGAGCAGCUGUUUGAGCUGGUGGACAUCUACAACACCGGCCACUCACAGAAAAUCACAGGAAUGCUUUUGGAGCAGCACAAAGAGGCAGUUUUAAACCUUCUUUCAGAUCCAAAACUGCUGGAGGAGCAGGUGAACUUCGCUCUGAAGACACUAAAAGAGCAGAACGAGGAGACAGACGUCAGUGACUCAUCAGAUGCUGACGACACAGAGAAACUGGGAGAGAAGCUCUUCUCACUGGUGGAGGAGAUGGAUCCUCUUCAUGCAAAUGAUAUUACAGGUAUGCUGCUGGAGAUGGACACAGCUGCUCUCCAACAGCUGCUCAGUGACCACACAAUGCUGGAGGUCGCUGUUCAGAGAGCACAAGCAGCACUGGACACUUAGAACUGAACUCUACUGAAGAGGACAAUGAACUUUUUCAGAAUAACACAUUAAUCAUUGACGAUUUCAGAUAAUAUAAUGCUGGGAAGAGAUAACACAUCAUUUAAGGAGAUCAUGGUAAUACAAGUUACCUAUUAUAUGACCAACAAUAUUUAUUUUAUAAAUAACUGAAGAGUUUGGUAGAGCCUCCCUCCAGUUGAAAUGAAGUUGAUAUUGCCGCUUUCUAAUACGGGUGUUCACUUUGCUAAAACGUGAUUGUCUUUCUCAGAUAAAAGGACGGCACACCAGUGCCAGUGUCAAAUGUGAGAUAUGUGUUGGCUGUAUUAGAGGAUUUACUGGUAAGGCUAUAAAGUAAGUGUUUAUGCAAGUGUUGCCAACAGUCAUGCUAGAGAUGAUAACGUAAUUUUGUUAUCAAACUGUAUUCAUAAUGAUGUAACUAUAAGUUGGUGAAAUGUCUUUGCUAACAGAAAAUACAGCAGAUUGUAUAUAAACAAUAGAGGAUCCAUGUUUUCAGCUAGAAACAUGGCUCUGUCGGUAUGAAUGUUGGUUUGUCUGCCCAUCACUUUGGCUCAAACUGAAUUAUCUCCACAACUAUUGAAUGGAUGGACUUUUUUUUUAAUAGCAAAAAUUUCACUUAUAUUGUCCAGAUAUUGGACUUCCUAUGCCUGUCCACACACAAUACUAAUUUAAUUUCUUGUUGGAGCUUUGAUAAUGUCUUAAGAUCAGUCUGUUGGGCUUUUUUGAAUCACAUCUGCAAAAAAAAGUUUUAUUGGAUU